UAGAUGUGUGUUGUGCUGGGGAUCUCUUUACAUUCUGCUGGAGUCUUGGGAAUGUUAAAGUUUGGACUCUUGUACUGAUGCUGUUUUUUUCCUGCCCAAUUCUAGGUCGUAAUUUGAUUCUAGACAUGCUGUAAAACCACGCCUUGUUUCGUGUCAUGGCUUUUCAACCACCGAAUUCUCGUCAAGACGUACAAAACCGCAAAAUUCUUGAAGACCUACUUCUGAAGAAGCAAAUGCUUUUAAAGCAAGGUGUAGUCCCAACUCUUAGUCCUACAGCAAUCAAUGCUCCUGUUAUGCCACAACCUCCAUCUAUGACCCCAGAGCAACAGCAAAUGAGUAUUAUGCAAAGGAAUGCUCAAAACCUUGUGGCCAAUUCUAAUACCUUUUACAUUACUACUGAUUCCACUUUUGGAAACCAUAUCUUACCUGUUAUCCCUCGUGUAGAUAGUGCCCAUCCAAAAUAAGGCCAAUUUGCGUGGUGUAACCUUUAACGAACUGUUUUUUACCUCUUGGCCUGUUAAACUUAAAAACCCCUUUUAAACUUAAAAACCUUUAUA